CCGUACGCUUACGUACAAAUUUUGCUAACGCACUUGGGAAAAGUUCAGUCUUCUCUCAGAAUGCAAUACGGUGGGGAGCCGCAUACGUAUGCGUAGCUCUACCCAUCCAAGUUGAACUCCACACUGCACUGCUACCCACCCAUCCAAGCGGCAAAUUUUUGUUGCUAUCAUAUCACAGUAUCCACAACCAAACCAUAGGGCACCGGUAGAUAGAUAGAUAAUAGCACCAUGAGACUUACUUGCUUCUUGUCGCUUUUGGCUGUUGCCAGUGCCUUCACCACCCGAUCCGCAUCUGUCGGAGGAUUCCAGAAAAAUGUUGCUGCUGACAGUUCUGCCCACCGCAACCGUCGAGCAACCAUUGUGAUGGACGGAAAGGCCAAUGCUAUCCGUGAUCGUAUCGCCACUGUGAAGAACACACGAAAGAUCACCAUGGCCAUGAAGCUUGUCGCUGCUGCUAAGGUCCGUCGUGCCCAGGAUGCUGUCCUUGCCACCCGUCCCUUCAGUGAGACUCUUCAAUCUGUCUUCGGAGGUUUGAUCCAACGUUUGGGAGGAGAAGCCAUGGAUCUGCCUCUGUUGACACAACGUGAGGUCAACAAGGUCACCCUUUGCUGUAUCACAGGAGAUCGUGGUCUGUGCGGUGGUUACAACUCUUUCAUGAUCAAAAAGACCGAGAACCGUUUCAAUGAACUCACUGCAUCAGGCGUUGAAGUCGAUUUGGUCCUUGUCGGAAAGAAGGGAAUCACCUACUUCGAACGUCGCAAGUUCCCCAUCCGCAGGACUUUCGAGACUGGACAGAACCCCAACGCCAAGCAAGCCCUCGAAAUCUCUGAAGAACUCCUCAACACCUUCCUUUCCGGAGAGAGUGAUGCUAUCGAACUUCUUUACACCAAGUUCGUCUCCUUGAUCGCCUCUGAACCCAGUGUUCGUACUUUGGUUCCUUUCUCUGCCAGUGAGAUCACCACCAAGGGCGAUGAGGUCUUCCAACUCACCUCCGAAGAAGGACAAUUCGGUGUUGAGCGCACUGAAUUGGAUGUUGCUGAACCCCAGGAGUUCCCCAACGACAUGAUCUUCGAGCAAGACCCUCUUCAAAUUGUCAACUCCAUCCUUCCCCUGUACUUGAACGGACAAAUCCUCCGUACUCUUCAGGAGUCGGUUGCCUCUGAACUUGCCGCCCGUAUGCAGUCCAUGCAAAGUGCUAGUGACAACGCUGGAGAGCUCGCCAAGAACUUGAGUUUGCAGUACAAUCGUGCCCGUCAAGCGGCUGUCACCCAAGAAAUUUUGGAGAUUGUUGCCGGUGCCCAGGCUCUGGAGUAAACAAACGAACUUAGCCUAUAAACAAAACGGUUUUGUGCAUGUUUCCAUCCAGUCGGCAACCACUUGCCAUCGGGUGCUGGUGCUCAACGUGUACAAAGCCAAACAUCUGUGUUUUGCGCUUCUGUCUAAAUCUCCACUCACAUCGCUUGGUUAACUAAAACACAUAUACAUUACUCAGAUGUUGUUACGGCUA